AUGCUAGCUUCGACGCGUUGGAUUUGCGCUCUCCUUCCACUUCUAAUAGCAACGCUGAUCGUUGUGGCCGGGCCACUUCCCUCGUACGAUCCAGCCGUCCAAUCUUUGACCGAACGCAACUUCACCAGUGCCACCGAUACCGGCAUGUGGUUCAUCGAGUUUUUCUCGCCUCACUGUGGCCACUGCAAAAGGCUGGCUCCUACAUUCCACGAUAUUGCGGAUGACAAUCGUCAUCUCGAGGACUCGUCCAACUUCCACAUUGCUCGUGUCAAUUGCAUUGCACAAGGCGAUCUUUGUGCGCGCCAAAAUAUCGACGGCUAUCCAUCGCUCGAACUCUUUUCCAAUGGGCGCUGGAGCGAAAGCUACGAAGGCGGUCGCAGCUACGAGGAGCUCAAUGCCUACAUUCAGGCCAAAGCAGCUGAUAAUCGCAAGCUCAUGGCCUUGUUUGGUGCUGCGCACCAUUCCUGA